AGGCUCUCAAAUCAAUUUAUAAUGAUAAAUUAGAUAAUUUACAUUUAACAAGUGUUGUCAAACUAUGUUCAAUGCAGAGAGUCAUUUCCGGUUUGGGUCAGCACAUAUCCGUUUUGUAUAUGUGGAUAUGCCCCAUUUAGGAUUUGUCACAUAACAGGCUGCCGAGAAACCAAUUGAUACAAUUAUAAUCUCCAGGCAUAACUUGGCACUCAUUAUUUCUCUAUAGGGAAAAUGAAUCAAUUCAUGAGCCCCACUGUGACUACCAAAAUCAAAUCUGAUCUGAGGGACAUUGACGUCUGAGCUUUACAAGACUUCAGUGUCAAGCUGGAAGAGGAGCGUCAAAAAGACACGAAUGAAGAAGUAAAACUUGAGGCUGCACUCUUCGGACCAUAUAUGGAGGUGAAGCCAAUCCGUGGAUCAGCGACGCGUCGUAACAAGGGAUGUUCAGACUCACUACUGCCACCUACCGCCUUGAGGUAACGUCAGUACCCCUGGAAGCGUCGAUACGAGCGGAAACCGGAGAGCAGAAGAAGAAAAGGACGAAGAAGAGGAGGAAGCAACAAACUGACACAACACCAGCAUGCAGGACUGCUGCAACCCUGCUUCUUAUUAUAGAAACCAAAACUGCUGCGAAACUAAACUCGUUGCCAAACCCGCCCACACCGGCUUCUCGUACACGGCAACCGUGCUGCUUCUCACGAGCUCCUCAAAUCUGUCUUGAAAAUGUCUCGAGGCUAAAAAGAGUGAAUGGAGUUGGCAAGGCGAGCCGUAACAGGACUCGUUGUGUUGUAGGCUAUGAGUGAGGGUGAUGGAGGACAGUCAAUGUGGAGACUUGGACUACCUGGUCCAAGAUGAGGAUACCCUCAUUGAAGGUGUUAGCAACCAGGUCUUAUUUGUCGUGGUGCUGAGCCUCACCUUCCUUGCAGGACUUCUCACUUUGCUAUGCAGACAAGAGCAGCAGAACAUUCAUCCUGAGAAUCAGGAGCACGUUCGAGCCGUCCGACAACAGCUCCAAACCGAGCAGGAUGAAAAUCCUCAGGCGGAAGCCCGGCAGCAGUAUUACACAGACAUGUCUUGUCCAGUGUGUUUACAGCAGGCCGUUCUGCCUGUGGAAACCAACUGUGGACACCUUUUCUGUGGAUCCUGCAUUGUAGCCUACUGGAGGUAUGGCACAUGGCUGGGUGCUAUUCACUGCCCCAUCUGCAGACAAAUGGUUACGUUGCUGUUCCCACUGUUUCAUGAGCACACCACUCCUCAGAGGGUCCAGGAGGGGGGGGCGGAGCCUCAGCUGAUACUAACGGACAUCGUUGAUUACAAUCGCAGGUUCUCAGGCCAGCCAAGAUCUUAUAUGGACAGGCUGCGAGAUGUGCCCACCCUGCUUCGUCACGCCUUUCGGGAGAUGUUCUCUGUGGGUGGCCUCUUCUGGAUGUUCAGGAUUCGGAUUCUUCUCUGCCUCGUGGGAGCAAUCACCUACCUGGCCUCGCCGCUCGACAUCCUCCCUGAGGCACUUUUCGGUCUGCUGGGUUUCAUGGACGAUUUCUUUGUGAUCCUACUUCUCUUUGUGUACAUCUCCAUCAUGUACAGAGAGGUGGUAACGCAGAGACUAAAUGGCUAGAGGUUCACUCAUAACAGGCUUUCGCUCGCUCGCAGCGGGCUCGAGAAGAGUGGACAUGUAAAGACUGAAUGAAAGAACACGGUCGAUCAAUAAUACUGAAUCUCUCAGAGAGGUUUACUUUGAAAAGCUGGGGAUCUUGGUUCAUCACUGGAGAGGGGUCAGCAAAAGAAUGAACUCUGAAUGUUCACACUGUAGAUAGAAUUCACCAAGAAUGGUUCAUAGAUUGUUCGAGAUCAAGGGGGCACAACAAGACAGCAGAAUACUUAUUAGACUGCAGUCAGCCAGGGAAGUCGUCUCGGUGCAUUCGGUGACUUGAGAGGCACCCCCAACUGAACACUACCAGCCAAUUGUGUGUCAGCAUUGCCAGUUAUUUGGUUAAUGUGCAUGAACAUAAUGAAGACAACUGUGUAACAUAAUGUGGUCAUGAAUGUACUGUAUACAUGGCAGUGUCUUGAUUAUACGCAUUUAAAGUUGGCUGUCUGCAUUGAGAUUAUUGAGUGUAGAACCAUCUUUUUGUUGUGGCCAUUGCAGCCUGUUGGGUCAAUUAAACUGAUGAUGCAUUUGUUUAAGUAACCUGUGACUAUGCAUAUUCAUAAUGACCAAAAAGAAAAAACCACAGCCUUUUUGUGCUUGUGAGACAAGUCACGUGAUCAUUUUUCUUCCAACAGUUUACAUUUAUAGCUCAGCACUGAGGAGGUCUGAACCUCUGCAUGUGAACUGAGGAUGGACACGACAACCAGACCGUUUCAUUAAUAACUUUUCAAAUUCAAUUUAAAAAGUAGUCUUGAUCAUCAAAAGAAGGCAAACCAAAGGUAUCGCAGAGUAAUUAAAGGGCUUGUUGAAUGUAAACACGCUGAAGUCAUGAAUGUUAGUUUAAAGCUAAUUGUGUUUUUUGAAUGUCUUACAGUCCUGAGGCUCACAGUCCACUGAACUCUGCACACCACAAAGAUUUUCAGAUGCAUCAGUUAAUGUUUUGGAACAUCAGUUUCUUAAUUGUUAACCUGUUGGUACAUAGAAAAAAAAGGUUAUUCAUAUUUCAAAAUUAAAUUAACAUGCACUAUGUGAUUUAGUAAUUUAUUUUUUGGGGAAAUAUUUUUGCCACAGCAUGCUGGAGUUAUGCUGGUUCACAGUAAAGAUGUUGUUCUCGUUCUCAA